GGGCACCGCUAUCGGAUUUGGGAGGUUCGCGGUAACGGGGACGCCCCGCUUUAUCCCCUCCGCCGUGGGGACACAGACGAGGAAGGGAGGGCUUGGUCUUGCGCUGGGAUGCGGCGCCACCCACCCCGCCUCGGAGACCCCACGGGACGAUGAACGUGCUGGCUCCGGUCCGCAGGGACCGGGUCAUCGCCGACCUGCCCUCGUGUUUUCGGAAGGAGGCCGCCCUGCAAACCCGCCCCGCCUUCCACCCCACAGUGGCCAGCGCCUGCCAGGAGCAGCGGACGGGCACUGUGGGGUUCAAGAUCUCCAAGAUCAUCGUGGUGGGCGACCUGUCGGUGGGGAAGACCUGCCUGAUCAACCGCUUUUGCAAGGACACAUUCGACAAGAACUACAAGGCAACCAUCGGAGUGGAUUUCGAGAUGGAGCGGUUUGAGGUGCUGGGGGUGCCCUUCAGCCUUCAGCUGUGGGACACGGCCGGCCAGGAGCGCUUCAAGUGCAUCGCCUCCACUUACUACCGGGGAGCACAAGCCAUUGUGAUCGUCUUCGAUGUCAAUGAUGUGGCGUCCCUGGAGCACACACGGCAGUGGUUGGCUGACGCUCUGAAGGAGAAUGACCCCUCCAACGUGAUCCUCUUCUUGGUGGGCUCCAAGAAGGAUCUGAGUACACCAGCACAAUACAGCCUGAUGGAGAAGGAUGCUCUCAAGGUGGCCCAGGAGAUGCAGGCGGAGUACUGGGCUGUCUCCUCGCUCACUGGGGAGAACGUGCGGGAUUUCUUCUUCCGUGUGGCGGCCCUGACCUUCGAGAGCAGCGUGCUGGCCGAGCUGGAGCGCAGCCACACCCGCAGGAUCGGCGACACCGGAUCAGCAGCAAUGAGAGCGACCUGUACCUGUCGACACCCCGCAAAAAACCCAAGUGCUGCCAGUGAGGGGGCACCCCCUGCACCCACCAUGCUCACACCUAUGGACCAAAGAGGGGUGACCCUGGCCGACCCCGAGGAGCCGUCCCUGCCACUCCCCAGCCCCCCUGGCCCCUUGCCUGCCCAGGCACCCCCGGCCAGGGUGGGCAGGAGCACCCAUGCGGCUCCUGUAGCUAUGCAAACCCAGGUACUGCUCGCAGGGGGAGAUGCCCUUUUGUCUUAAUAAAAUAUUUUUUAUGCUUUU